UUUGAAUGUAACAUGUGUGAAAUGUCUUUUACCUCGAAGUCAAACCUUACUCUCCACAAGAGAACACACACAGGAAAGAAACCUAAUGAAUGUAACAUUUGUGGAAAGUCUUUUUCCUGGAAGUCAAGCCUCACUGUCCACCAGAGAACACACACAGAAGAGAAACCUUUUGAAUGUAACAUUUGUGGAAAGUCUUUCACCUGCAAGACAUAUCUUACUGACCACCAGAGAACACACACAGGAAGAAAACCUUAUGAAUGUAACUUUUGUGGAAUGUCUUUCACCCAGAAGUCAACUCUCACUGUCCACCAGAGAAGACACACAGGUGAGAAACCUUUUGAAUGUAACAUGUGUGGAAAUUCUUUCACCAAGAAGUCAAACCUUACUGUCCACCAGAGAAGACACACAGGCGAGAAACCUUUUGAAUGUAACAUGUGUAAAAAGUCCUUCACCAAGAAGUCAAACUUUACUGUCCACCAGAGAAGACACACAGGAAAGAAACCUUAUGAAUGUAACAUUUGUGGAAAGUCUUUUACCAGGAAGUCAAACCUCACUGUCCACCAGAGAACACACACAGAAGAGAAACCUUUUGAAUGUAACAUUUGUGGAAAGUCUUUCGCCUGCAAGACAUAUCUUACUGACCACUAGAGAACACACACAGGAAGAAAACCUUAUGAAUGUAACUUUUGUGGAAAGUCUUUCACCCAGAAGUCAACUCUCACUGUCCACCAGAGAAGACACACAGGUGAGAAACCUUUUGAAUGUAACAUGUGUGGAAAUUCUUUCACCAAGAAGUCAAACCUUACUGUCCACCAGAGAAGACACACAGGCGAGAAACCUUAUGAAUGUAACAUGUGUGGAAAG